CUAUAUAUCCUUCACAAUACCUCAAGUAUGUAUAUUCAGAAUAUAAAUAUAAAAAAUGAAGCAUUUAUUUUAAUCAAAUAUAAUUACCCUCAUGCUUUCCAUAAAUCACAAUCAAUAAAUAUUACAUGAUAACAUCACAUAAAAAAUCAAAACAAUCCAUUAAUCCAAAACCCCCAAAAUCACCUAAAUCAGAUGCAAUAAAUAAAAAUAACCAUGAUUCCCAAAGUAGAUCCAGGAUACAAUACCUAGCCAAAAAAUUUGAAGAAGGUAAAGAAGCUGAGCUUUUAUCCAUCUCUCACUUAUCUACAGAUUUUGAAGAAGACUCACUAUCUCCUAGUGUCUUGUCCUACCUAAAACCUUUACUCCAUCCCCUCAGAGAUCUCACUGAUAAUUGGAAUGUUGACAUAUGUCAAUACCUUGAAUCCUAUAUACGUGAUAUUGAAAGUCCUGAGCAGGAUAUCACUCAUUUUGAUUAUCUCUCACAAGUUGAUGCCAUUAACAAUGAUAGUGAUAGUCAUAUCAAUUCACCCAUCGACCUAACGUUCACAGAUUUAAGCUCAAUUUCAUCCAGCCCUGGCACUAGUAGUGUGAGUCCCUCUAUUAAUCAUGUCAAGAGGAAAGCUCACCAUCUUGAAAAAUCCUUCAGCUUUGCUCAAGCUGCUCUAGUCCUCCAGGGUUCUUGUCUCAUUUACUCAAAAAAAGUAGAAUACUUAUACACACUUAUUUGUGAUUUCUCCCGAAUUCAUGCCCAAUACCACCACAUUAACCCUGAAAUUGCAAAUCAAACCAAAUCGGAUGUGGAAACCCCUAAAAGUGGGAAGUCAAGUAAGCUCCUUAAUAUUGAUGACCACCAUCACCAUAAAGCUACCACCUUCCGCCUCAUUGAAGAUAGCAAUAUUCAAAACUCACCUAGUACUACUUCAGCUGACCAUGUUUUGUUUUCUUGUCCUAUGCAUUUGCCAGUGCUAAUUUUACCACCACCUCUAACUUCAUUGACCCCUACUCUAAUAGAAUCUAUAGUCAAUAAAUCAACAGAAGAUGGUAUAGACAUUACUAAUAACAAUUUGAUGCAAACAAUAAUUGAAAGAAUUCUGCAUAAUUAUCUACACCCACAAAAAACUAUUCAUGAUUCCAUGAAAAAAUUAGUCCAGUAUGUCACAGAUCUUGGUUUUGUUGAUGAACCCAACACCUUACGAGAUAAUUUUCUCACACGAGGAACUGUUGAUAACCCAUCAGGGUGGCUCUUGCUACCAGAACACACCACUUCUAGUCACCAUUCAAUUUUGCCUACCAACCACAGUUAUGGUAAUGUCAUAAAAACUCGACAAAACAUUAUUGAAAAUUCUUUUAUUCCUCCUUUGAUUUCUCUGCCAAAGGUGACUGAUAGCAUUGAAGAAAUAUAUUACACCACUUCAAUAUCCCCAAAUAUAUUAUUUGACACUAUUCCAAAGAUAUUACCACAAGAGAACAUUGAAGAAAUUCUGGAAUACUCUAACCCCCAGUUUGAUACUUCACUCACUACAUUAUCAUUACCACAAGAGAACAUUGAAGAAAUUCUGGAAUACUCUAACCCCCAGUUUGAUACUUCACUCACUACAUUAUCCCCUAUAGAGAAAAUUAAGGACAAAUUUGAAGACAUUUCUAACUCAAAACUCAAGGCUCCUCUUAGUCAAUGGUCAACACGCAAGCGUAGUGUCAAAUAUCCAAAAACCCAUUAUAAAAGUAAUAACCUUGGCGCCAAAAGAGUAAAAUUGGUCAGAGGUACUGAUGAUGUUAUUGAAAAAUCUAACGAUGAAACGACUAUUGGUGGCAAUGUCGAUCACUUUAACAUUGAUGUUGAUACGGAGGACAUUUUAGAAUUCUCUUCAGAAACCUUAUUUCACAAUUCAUCUCAACCAGAUAUACUCCAUUCCAAAAUAGAUGAAAACUUACAAAUUAAUAUAGAUGAUAGAUGCUCAUCCUACCUCGACAAAGCAGCUCAUCAUCCAUCAAAUACCAUAACUGAUCAUGACGCUAGCUAUGAAAGCUGGGAGAGUUUUAUUAAAAACGAUGUUUUAGGUCCCGGUGGAUGGAAAUCUAAGAAACAAAAAUCGAUUUUUAAUAUAGUCACUGAUCAGGAGAGCAUUUUAAAAUGCCUAGAGGGCGAUAUUUUGCCUUCAAAAUGCUUGACAGAUACAUCCAUUAACCAACCAUUAUUAGGUUUAAACGUUAAACCUGACAAGUCUGCCACUUUUCAACCUACGCUCCCUUUCCAUUCCUUAAUAAGGCGUAUAUCAACUGACAACUCUGACAAAAACCUUUCAAGCUUAAUUCCCCGUUUAUUUUUCGCAUCCCUUAUACUCGCUGAUUCACACAACGUAGAUAUAAUGAGCCAUUCUGGGGAUAUUAAUAAAUUUAACAUAACUCUUAUAAACUCAGAAAGGAACUAUGAUAAAAUCAAGAAAGGCAUGGGAAAUGCUACAACAUUUAGCGAUGUUUAAAAUAGCUGUCUUUCUCAUCUUUUAUACAUGAUAUGGGAAAAGGUUUACCUUUUUUAAUAGCAAUGCAAAAUACUAUAAAUCUCUAAUAAUCAACAAUCAUUUUUUUUAGUAUUAACCAACCCUUUUGUACAAGGUGAUUUAUAUACUUUUUUACUUUCCUAAAGCGAUAAUAUAAUAAGAUAAAAUGUCCGAAAUGAUCCUUUCUUCCUAUUUUUACAAAGGCGAAGCAAGAGCGAAAUUUUUUGACCUGGCCUGUAUGAAAAAAAAUAAUUUUUCUACCAUUAUAAAAACACGACUAAACCACGGUCGAUGAGUAAUGUAUUGCAGACCUAUACAAAGGAUCUCAUCUUAAUUACGUUAUCGUUUUACAUGAGGUAAAAUGUAUUUUAAAAAUGGCUUUAGACAUAAUAGGGCAACCUAAAUAUCAAAUUUUGUUUAUAUUUAUUUGUUUAUAGCUAAACUUAAUGUAUU